UUCUGCUGAGUACUGCUUGAUCCUACUGUUUUCAGUGUAUUUAGUUGGUGCAUGACAAUCGUUUUUCGAUCAUGUGUAUACCAUAGAGAGCAUUACAUUCUUACAGGUUUCAGAAUAACAAUUUACACGUAAAAAAACGUACUUCUGAGUGAAAGGUGAUUGCUCGCUCCUUUUAAUUCAAUCUAACGAUUUAUCGGAGGUUGAAAGUUACAUACUUUGUAUCUUAUAAAUAUUUCAAACGAGUUAAAUCGAAAAAAUAUACACCAUGCCUGAAAGUACCAUAGAUUCUGGUAAAAUCGUGAAAAUGGACGUGGAUUAUAGCGACAAUUGCGAUACCAAAAUCCCAGAAUGUAAAAAACUGGCACGAGAAGGAAAGUUACAUGAUGCUUUAGAUCAGUUGCUCACUUUAGAAAAAUUAGCAAGAACGAGCACGGAUGUGUCAUCUACAUCACGAAUUCUUGUAGCGAUUGUUGAGAUUUGUUUAGAAGCAAAAAAUUGGUCAGCAUUGAAUGAACAUAUAGUCUUGCUAUCCAAAAGACGUUCUCAGUUAAAACAAGCUGUUACCAAGAUGGUUCAAGAAUGUUGUACUUAUGUGGAUAAGAUGCCUGAUAAGGAAACAAAAAUUAAAUUGAUAGAAACUUUGCGUGCAGUUACAGAAGGAAAGAUAUAUGUUGAAGUCGAAAGAGCUAGGCUUACUCAUCGUUUAGCAAAAAUCAAAGAGGAGGAUGGAGAUAUAUCAGGUGCUACUGCAGUUAUGUUAGAAUUACAAGUUGAAACAUACGGUAGUAUGUCGCGUUUGGAAAAAGCGUCUCUUAUCUUGGAACAGUUGCGACUAUGUUUGGCAAAGAAAGAUUUUAUGCGUACUCAAAUAAUUGCUAAGAAAAUAAAUGUUAAAUUCUUCAACGACGAGAAUGAUGAAGAAACGCAGACCCUGAAACUAAAAUAUUACGAUCUAAUGAUGGAAUUAGCUCGGCACGAAGGCUGGCACUUGGAAUUGUGUAGGCAUAACCGUGCCGUGUUAGAAACUCCAGCCGUCAAAGAUGAUCCGAAAAAGAGGCACACUGCUCUUUCCCGAGCUGUCCUUUAUCUCGUACUUGCACCGCACGAACCGGAACAAGCUGAUUUAACACACAGACUACUUUCGGAUAAACUUCUGGAUGAAAUACCAACAUACAAGGAGCUGUUACGCCUAUUUGUAAAUCCAGAAUUGAUCAAAUGGUCCGGUCUUUGUGAAAUUUACGAGAGAGAGUUAAGGGCAACCGAAGUUUUUACUGCUUCGACCGAAGAAGGUUGUAAACGAUGGACCGAUCUUCGAAAUCGUGUCGUGGAACAUAAUAUCAGAAUUAUGGCUAAAUAUUACACGAAAAUCACUUUAACUCGAAUGGCCGAGUUACUGGACUUACCGGUUGAAGAGACAGAAGCGUGUCUUUGCACUUUGGUAGAAACUGGCGUAAUUAAUGCUCGAACGGAUCGUCCGGCUGGUGUAGUUCGUUUCACAGGAACACAGGAACCGGCUGCUCUGUUGGAUGCCUGGGCCGCUUCGUUAUCAAAAUUAAUGAGUCUUGUAAAUCAUACGACGCAUCUUAUACAUCAAGAAGAAAUGUUGGCUGUUGCUCAAUCCUGAGAGGUAAAUUUCACUUUCCCGUUUUCUUUAUUCCUCCUUCUAUAUCGCUUGUUUUUUCUAUAAUCCUUACGCAUUAGAAACAGUGCAUUUUGUACAUUAACAAACUGUACGUGUUAUUUUCGUUGGACGAAGGAAUUGUGUAAAAAUAUCUGUCUCCUCGUUGUUUUUAAUGCGUGUACUAAAAACAGAAUAAACGGUGUACGAGACAUGUAGUGUCUUUUCUUAAAAAAGAAAA